AUUCGGGAAGCCAAUGGUAAGCUCUGGCGUCUGUACCUGAAGCGGUGAUUUAGAUUUGCUCGACAUUACAAUUUUGCUCUCAAUUCAGCAUUUUAUUGGAAUAGUCGUCGGCCGUGCUAUCGAAGGAAAUUACCAUGGACCAGCCCUGUCAUCAGAAACAGAUCUUUCUCUUACCGCAAGGGAAUACUCUGCUGAGUUUAAUGACGAUACUUCGCGACAAAAACACUAGCUCAACAAGAUUUGCCGAAAUAACAGAAAAAGUAGGGGAUCGACUUAUUAGUGCAGCGUUGGACAUCCUCCCAUCUGAGAAUUUCAAUGUUGUCAGCCCAACAGGCACUGUAUACGAAGGAGUACGACCAACCGCAAAUGUAUGUGGCGUGAGUAUUCUUCGAGCUGGUGCGAGUCUCGAAAAUUCGCUGAGACGGGGCUAUACUGGUCCUCUCAGUUUCGGUAAAAUCCUGAUACAACGAGACGAGACAACCGGACUGCCGACUCUGUUCUAUUCAAAAUUUCCAUCGUCAAUUGCUUCAAAGACAAUAUUGAUACUGGAGCCAAUGCUAGCCACGGGAGGCUCAGCAAGUGCGGCAAUUGACGUAAUAAAGGCACAGGGUGUUCCUGAAGAAAACAUCAUCUUUGUCAACAUCGUGGCGUCCCAGCAAGGAAUCAAAAAUUUAUUCGAACGUUUUCCUUUCAUCCGCUUAGUGACUGCAGCGGUGGAUAAAGAACUCACGACAAAUUAUAUUAUAAGCCCAGGGCUGGGAGACUUUGGAGAUCGGUUUUAUGGGACCUGUGAUUGAACCUUCUGUUAUUUUUUAUUAUUAUUACUUAGUUCCAUGACAUCACU